AUGGCUGAAGAGACAGAAAACCAUGUCGUGGAUAUGAACGAUGAAACUGGUGCUAACAAACCUGUUAAUCCAUGGAAACUUAUAAGAUCGUUAGAGAGAAAGUAUCCAUUAAUGGCCGAUAUCAUCUUGUAUAGCGUGGUGGAAUUAGUUUCUGGGUUUGCGCCAAAUUUCCAAGUUUUCGUAGCAUUAAGAGCUAUCUUUGGAAUUGCGAUGGGUGGUGAGUGGGGCUUAGGUGCAGCUUUAGCGAUGGAAGUUUUACCACCUGAAGCUCGUUAUCCAACUGGUUACUUACUCGCUGCAAUAUUUUAUUAUGCUGUAAUCAAGACUCUCGGCUGGCGUGCAAUGUUCUGGAUUGGUUCUUUCCCCGCUCUUGUUGUCGUUUUCAUGCGUUUUUUCGUUCCUGAAUCCAAAGCAUGGGAAAAACAACACGAGGCUCGUAAGUUAACCAAUCAUAAUACGUUCAAUGAAAUGAAAACGGAUGUCACUGUGACGACUGUUAUAGCUAAUAUUGGUGCUAUUAUGGGUGGUACAUUAUGUGGAUACUUGUCCCAAUAUUUUGGCCGUAAGAAAACGGUUGUUAUAGCGAUGAUAUUAGCUGGUGCAUUUUUGCCUAUAAUAGCUAUUCCUGUUAAUAAACAACUUGUGACUUUUGGAGCGUUUAUUGUUUAUUUUUUCGUUCAGCUAUCACCACCAGCUUUUCGUGGGACAUUCCCAGGUCUGACUUAUCAAUUGGGUAACUUGAUAGCUGCUUCAGCAGCUCAAAUUGAAGCGGUACUGGGUGAAGCGUUUCCUAAAAAUGGUGUAGCCAAUUACGGACUGACUAUAGCAGUUUUUUCUGCAUGCGCUAUGUUUGGUGUAAUUGUAUUUAUUUCCACUGGAAGUGAAAAUAGAAAUGUGGAUUUCAUGAAGCAAGCAGAAACUGGAUCUGAAGAAAACGAAGAAGCAGUGAUUGAAACCAAAAAUGCUCA